CAAAGAAACAUUUCAUCAUGGCGUCAAAUCUGAGUACCGAGGUUCGCAUUCUCCAUAACAAAAUGGUAUUCGACAUCAGUCGAGAAAUUUUCGGAGAACAAUUGGAGGAAGUAAAAGAACUAUUUAGCAAUAACCCACUGUCAUCGGUCGAUAUAUCUAAAAUUACAAACAUCCGACAGCUCUUCCAACGUCUAAUGAAUUAUGAAACAAUUGGUUAUGGAAAGUACCAAAGAUUUGUAUCUAAAAUCAGUUGCAUACAUCCGCAAGUGUGUUCAAUUGUGCAGAAGUGUGCUGAGGAAAUCAACAAACUGCAGGGGAACCCAGACGACCAAGCAGAUGAUGAUGAACAUCGUAUUUUCAAAGAAAGUCUGCAAUCGUCAAGUGCAACGGCAUCGAGUAAUUAUCAAAGGAAAAGGUAUCUAUGAAUGUUUUGAUGAUUAGCUUGAAAGCUUGAAAGACAUACUUUCUAACAAUGCAUUUAGCAUCUAACAAUACCAAUACAGACCGGUAUGGAUCUAUAUAAUAUUUAUAAGCUGGCCUGGCAUGAAAUCUUCUGUCCGUCAACUUUUCCUUGAAGAAUAUCUUUUUGAAUAUGGACAGUAGAUACCUGGGAUAGAGUGUGAUAAAGUUUCCCCUAAAAGACGAACCUGACCCACUUUCAAUGUUACAGGAGUAAAGUAUACGAACAGAUGUAUGUGUAUGUAUAACGGUAGAGGCAGAACAGAGCGAAGUUGUGGUAACACAUGU